AUGCUGCUGCUAACCGUUCUCCUAAUUACGGUCGCAUCCGGCGCAAGGGCCGACGGUGGCGCUGACGGCGUUCUGCCGAACGAGAGCAGCAAUUUCCACGGAUUCAUGUCGUCGCCGCCGAGCAGAGCGAAAUUAUGUCAAUUACGGGUAAACAGAGACUGCGGCGGCAUAAUAUACGAGCCGCAGAGCAUCGAGGGCCAUAAAGGAUUCCCGGAUUCGCCUAGGAGCCCUGCGGACGGCCAGAUCGCCAGCGCGAACAACGAGCGUUUCAGCAAACUGAACGAGUACGGGAAAGAUCGUUGGACGAGCGUCGAUUUUCCGACGUUGAGCCGCUACGACGACAGCAGCGUCUACUUCAAUUUCAAUUGGACGAUGACCGCGCCGCAUUCCACCGACAGCAUUCGGGUGUUCGUCAGCAACGAGCAUUACAACACGGAGGAGCCACUGUCGAGGAAACACUUGGACCUGAAUCCGAUCUGCAAGGUGGAUUUCCACGGGCAACGUCCGCCGAGGGAUUUGUCGUUGGCUUGCCCGAUCACCGAGGAGAAGUUCGAGGAGCUGAAGGGCCUCCGGGAAUUGCUGAUGUUGAGCAUAUGGGACAUCAAUGACACGGUGAACGCGUUCUACCAGGUCGUCGAUCUUCUUCCGAUACCGGAGAGCGUGACCUUCGACAGCAUUCAGAGGAGGAGCAAGGAUGUCGCGGAUGUCGUUUGA